GUGCUUUGAUCCGUUUCACUAGCCCACUAGAAGAAGACGGAGUUUCAAAGACAGCUGCUCUUUCGGCUGUGCCAGCGUGAACGUUAUCAGCAUGUGUGAUGAUGAUGUCGUCGGUGGCGCAGUUGUUCGAAUUGAACCUCUUCAUGACCGCUGGGACUUGGAGGAAAUGUGUGCAGAGCUACUCAAUGCCCAAUGGCAACGCAGCAUGGGAGCGCGAAUUCACUCCCUCCGCCAAUCGAGUUACAACUAUCCUUUGUGUCUCCUCCUACUUAAGGGGGAGAGGCGGAGUCAAGACGAAAAGCUAAUUGGCCACGCCCGUUUGUCCCGUGUACUGGGGAGCCGUAGCUUGUUCGUGGAGUCAGUUGUGGUGUGUAGCACACUGCGAGGGAAGGGAUAUGGCCGCAUCCUUAUGGAGGGUGUAGAACGAUAUGCCAAGGGGCGGGGCUGUACCCGAUUGUGCCUAACCACCCAUGAUAAGCAACAUUUUUAUGCCCACAUGGGGUUUGUGCUGUCCAAACCUGUCCAAAGUGUUGGAACACUGGCCUCCUUCAUGCCUAUGGAGGUGCUGCACAAAUUCUGUAGGACUGCAGAGAAUGAAGAGAAAGGAGAAAUGGAGGGAGAGUUGAAGAGUGAUGGUGAUAAAUUGUCCUUGAAGUUGCUAAAGAAUUGUGCACCAACUACACCUUUCCAUUUUCCACCUCCACCACUCCCUCCUAACUCCACCUCUGCCCAUCCACCCCCUCCAUCUCCUCCUCCCUUGUCUUGGACUCCAGUUAAUCAGACUUUGAAGCAAACUCCAUACACUGACAACAGAGGUCUGCCCAUCUUUUGGAUGCACAAGGACAUUUGAGACAAAAACAUACUUUGAAAAAGAAAUUAUUCAGGGAUACACAAACAGUGUUUAAUGGACAAGAAGAUCAUGUAAACCUGUUUGAAUUAUUUUUACUCCAAAUAAUGUGACAAUCUGUGCCUUAAUAACAAAGUUUUACCGUAAUUUAUUAAGUUUUUAUUUUAAGUCACUGAAAAUGAUUUUGUCAAAAUAAAAACUUUCUAACUUU